AUGUCCACUAUAUAUUGCAACCCGCACUGCCAUUUUCUCCUGCGACCCUCCACGCACGAAAUCAAAUUCUAUACCGAAAACUUCAAAGUCUCAUUGCACGUCGAUUACAUCACGGCCUUUGAACCACAGCAGCCACCCGCCAGACAUUCAAUGUCCUACAACAACGAGACUGCCAGCCCUGCUUCUGGAAAGAACUCAGCUCAGGGUAAAAAUAGAGCAAUCACUGAUGUCGCCACUGGCGCUCUGGCUGCACGCUUGCCUACCAGUUCCCACAAGAAGUUUGACGAUGACAUGUCGAUGGGCUCUUGUGGAGAGCAGGACCGCAGCCAUGCAAUCAGCAUGCUGACACCCUGUCCCAACAGGGGCGCCGUCCCGGGAUUUGAUGAAUCUGCGGAAGUCUCCUCGCCGAGUGCCGCCAAUGUCUCCAUUCUGCGGCUUCACGCCGUCUUGGGCAUAGGUAGCCCAACCUCCAUUUCCAUCGACGCGGAGCGCGUCGCACCAGGUGCAAAUCCCAGCCGCCCUGGCUUUUUGAAGGGUGUCGUUUUCAAAUCCUCCAACAAGGACGAAUGGCUCACUAUCGCGCUCCCGCACAUCGCCACCCUCACCUUCACUAUCGCUUCUAUUGCUAACCUCAUCUUUGCCGGCCCCCUCUUCUCCUCCCCCGAACUCCCCAAUCUCUACUAUGGCAUCACCAAGUUCGCCUUUCCGGGCUUCCACUGGUUCUCCGGCGUCACCGAAAAUCGCGCAAGGAACCCGUUCCUGAACAUGGCUGCAAAUCUGCCACAUAUUGAGGACAUUGCUCUGAUAUGCACACCACCGGCAUUACAAUGUCGUGCUGGACAGAGAAGCAGCAGGUGGAAAUUGAGCGCGUCGAUGCGGCAAGAUCACUGGAACGCAAGAUCAUGA